CUGUGCUCCCUCUCUCCUCUCUCAUCUCGGGUGCUCCUUACCGCGCCUCUGCCUCGCCCCGUGUACGCGCACGCACGAUCCCGCCGCUCCCGCUGCGCGCCGCCGCGCCGCCGCACGCUGCCGCCAUGUCGUUCAAGAAGGACGAGGAGGCGGGCGCCGUCGUGCCUGCCUUCUACCAGGACAAGACGAGCGUGAUCCAGGAGGCGCGCGUGUUCAACGAAACGCCCAUCUCGCCGCGCAAGUGCCGCAUCCUCCUCACCAAGGUCAUCUACCUGCUCUACACGGGCGAGACGUUCAGCCGCACCGAGGCGACGACGCUCUUCUUUGGCGCCACCAAGCUCUUCCAGCACAAGGACCCGGCACUGCGCCAGAUGGUCUACCUCGCCAUCAAGGAGCUCUGCCCGCUCGCAGACGACACCAUCAUGGUCACUGCCAGCAUCAUGAAGGACAUGCAGCCCAACAUGGAGGUCAUCUACCGGCCCAACGCCAUCCGCGCGCUCAGCCGUGUUGUUGACCCGUCGAUGGUGCAAGGCCUCGAGCGCUUCUUCAAGUCGGCCAUCGUCGACCGCAACACGUCGAUUGCAUCCGCCGCGCUCGUGUCCGCGUACCAGCUGCACGUGGCCGCACGCGAUGUGGUGCGCCGCUGGGGCAAUGAGGCGCAGGACGCCAUCACUGCCAAGCCGCAGGCCGUCAGCGGAGGCGGCGCUGGCUUCGGCGGCAGCAUCGGCGGCGCGUUCCUUGGCGGCUGGGGCGGCGCACAGCAGCAGCAGCCCGUGCAGAGCGCGUACCAGGCGAUCCCUUCGAGCAGCUACAUCACGCAGUACCACGCCAUCGGCCUGCUAUACCUCAUCCGCCAGACGGACCGCAUGGCAGUGACGAAGAUGGUGCAGCAGCUCUCGGGCAGCGGGCGCGGCGCCGGCUCGAGCCCGCUGCGCAGUCCCUUUGCCAUCUGCAUGCUGGUGCGCUAUGCCGCCAAGGUGGCCGAGGAGGACCCGAACCUGCGGGCGCCGAUGAUGGAGCUGCUCGACAACUGGCUGCGCCACAAGAGCGACAUGGUCAACUACGAGGCGGCGCGUGCGCUGUGCGAGAUGCGCGGCCUCAGCACGCAGGACCUCUACCGCCCGAUCGCCGUGCUGCAGCUCUUCCUCUCCAGCCCCAAGUCGACGCUCAAGUUUGCCGCCAUCCGCACGCUGGCCAAGCUGGCGCAGACGCAGCCGGCGGCGGUGCAGCAGUGCAACGUCGACAUGGAGAACCUCAUCACCGACACGAACCGCAGCGUCGCCACGUACGCCAUCACGACGCUGCUCAAGACGGGCAACGAGGCGAGCGUCGACCGCCUGAUGAAGCAGAUCAGCGGCUUCAUGAGCGAGAUCAGCGACGAGUUCAAGGUCAUCGUCGUCGAUGCCAUCCGCAGCCUGUGCCUCAAGUUCCCGUCGAAGCAGACGACGAUGCUCACGUUCCUCUCGGGCGUGUUGCGCGACGAGGGCGGCUACGAGUUCAAGCGGGCCGUCGUCGAGGCCAUCUUCGACAUGGUGCAGUUCAUCGGCGACUGCAAGGAGACGGCGCUGGCGCACCUCUGCGAGUUCAUCGAGGACUGCGAGUUCACCAAGCUCUCCGUGCGCAUCCUGCACCUGCUCGGCGUCGAGGGCCCGCAGAUGGAGCAGCCGCACAAGUACAUCCGCUACAUCUACAACCGCGUCAUUCUCGAGAACGCCAUUGUGCGUGCGGCCGCUGUCAACUCGCUGGCCAAGUUCGGCCUGGGCGACAAGCGUCUGGCGGCGCGCAUUACCGUGCUGCUGGAACGCUGCCUCGACGAUGUCGACGACGAGGUGCGCGACCGUGCGGCGUUGAACCUGCGUGUGCUCAAGGAGGCGGGCCUGGCCGAGCGCCUCGUCAAGGACGAGAGCUCGUACAAGCUCGCCGCGCUCGAGGAGAGCCUGCAGACGUACGUGCAGGACCCGUCGGCGUCGACGUCGCGCUUCGACGCCUCGAGCGUGCCGCGCAUCACGCGCGACGAGAUGCGCCAGGAGGCACUGCGCGCCAAGAAUGAGGCGGCGAGCAAGGUCGCCAUGGCUGCUGAUGGGCCGAGCACCAGCCGUGCUGGCGCCGCUGCAAACGCUGCAGCUGCCGCUGGCGCAGCAGGUGCCGCUGGCAACGGCGCGGCGGGUGCCUCGCCUGCCGAGGCCGCCUCCAUCUACGCGCGCGAGCUGGCGGCCAUCCCGCAGUUCAAGGAGUACGGCAAGCUGCUCAAGUCGUCCGCCAAGGCUGCCGAGCUUACAGAGCGCGAGACGGAGUACGUCGUCUCGGCCGUCAAGCACGUCUACGCCGAGCACAUCGUCGUGCAGUACAACAUCACCAACACGCUGCCCGACACGGUGCUCGAGAACGUUGCGGUCGUCGUCGGUGGCGCUGCGGACGCCGGGCUCAAGGAGGACUUCAUCCUCCCGCACGCGCUGCUCUCACAAGACGCCCCAAGUGGCGUAGUGUACGUCUCCUUCACGCGCGUCGAGGGCCCCGACGAGUUCCCGCAGGGCGCGCUCAGCAACACGCUCAAGUUCAUGAGCAAGGAGGUGGACCCGACGACGGGCGAGGCCGAGGAGGAGGGCUACGACGACGAGUACCAGACGGAGGACCUGGACCUCGGCGUCGCCGACUACGUGGGCGGACGCUUUGCCGACUUUUCGCGCGAGUGGGAGGCCAUGGCGAACGCCAGCGUCGCGACCGAGACGUUUGCGCUCACGGCGCUCGAGAGUCUACAAUCCGCAUGCGAAACGCUGGUCGAGCUACUGGGCAUGCAGCCGCUCGGCGGCUCCGAGCUGCCGACAUCGACCUCCGUGCACACGCUCAACCUCGCCGGCUUCGUGGCGCAGCCGGGCAAGCCGGCACACGUGCUGGCGCGCGCACGCAUGACGUAUGCGGCCGGCGAGGGCGUCACGAUGGAGCUGGGCGUGCGUGCGGACAACGAUGCGGCCGCACAAUUGGUGCUUGGUGCGAUUGCUUAGAGGGGAGUGCAAUGCUAUCGUCUCAUCUGUUC